AUAUGCGUGGAAAUGCACCAGUCGAAGAAACGCUAAGAAAUUAUAAAACUGCUGUUCUCGAAGUUGGAUGCGGUGCAGGUAGUUGGGUUCUUGAUUUAGGAAACGAUUUCCAAAAUUCAACAAUUGUCGGCGGCAUAGACAUUAAAUCAAAUGGAUUUCCGUCAGUAAAUGAUGAAACAUUUGACUACGUUCAUAUGAAAGCGAUGUU